CCAGACACCCGUGGACCUCCUGGCAGCCAACCCCACCAUCAACGUCUCCGCCGCGCAAGCAACCAAGCAUCAUCAACACCGACUUGACCGACAGCUCCGUUGCGCACCCCUUCCAGCUUUUUUGAGGACACACACCACCAUCAAAUUCGAUUUCUCGGCUCAUACACGAAGUGCAGGAGCGUCAAGAUGGCGAACGAAGCUCCAAUAGUUCUCGACGGCGGCACAGGCUUUCUCAAAGUCGGCUAUGCCGCCCAGAAUUUCCCCGAGUUCCAAUACCCAUCCAUCGUCGGCCGGCCCAUCCUGCGUACCGAGGAGCAAGGAGGCAGCGAUAUGGUUAUCAAGGAUAUCAUGUGUGGUGACGAGGCUGCUGCCGCCCGCACCAUGCUGCAAGUUUCGUACCCAAUGGAGAACGGUAUCGUGAAGAAGUGGGACGACAUGCAGCAUCUCUGGGAUUACACCUUUUACGAAAAAAUGAAGGUUGAUACCCGGGGCCGCAAGAUCCUGCUCACCGAACCACCGCUCAACCCGCUGAGGAACCGGGAGCAGAUGUGCCAGGUCAUGUUUGAGCGCUACGAGUUUGGGGGGGUGUAUGUGGCUAUUCAAGCUGUUCUGGCGCUUUAUGCUCAGGGUCUCAGCUCCGGUGUUGUUGUUGAUUCCGGCGAUGGCGUUACGCAUAUUGUUCCCGUCUACGAGUCCGUCGUCCUCAACCAUCUCACGCGCCGCCUCGAUGUUGCAGGUCGCGACGUUACCCGCAACCUGAUUGCGCUGCUGACGCGCCGAGGCUAUGCCCUCAACCGUACCGCCGAUUUCGAAACGGUCCGCCAGAUGAAGGAGAAGCUCUGCUAUGUCUCUUAUGACCUCGAGCUGGAUAAGCGAUUGAGCGAAGACACGACGGUGUUGGUUGAAAGCUACACACUCCCUGACGGCCGUGUGAUCCGUGUUGGAUCCGAGAGAUUCGAGGCCCCCGAGUGUCUGUUCCAGCCCCAUCUCGUCGACUGCGACCAGCCGGGUAUCGCCGAAUUCCUGUUCAACACCAUCCAAGCCGCCGAUGUGGAUGUCCGAUCCUCCCUCUUCAAGGCUAUUGUAUUGUCGGGUGGGAGCAGCAUGUAUCCUGGUCUUCCUUCACGCCUUGAGAAGGAGUUGAAGCAGCUUUGGCUCACAAGAGUGUUGCAAGGGAACCCGGAACGGUUGAACAAGUUCAAGGUUAGAAUAGAAGACCCGCCGCGGAGAAGGCACAUGGUUUUCUUGGGUGGUGCUGUGUUGGCCAACAUUAUGGCCGACAAGGACAGCAUGUGGAUUUCCAGGCAGGAGUGGGAGGAGCAAGGCACGAGAAUCCUGGAGAAGCUCGGGCCGAGAUAAGGGGUGUGGGAGGGCCCGACGGCAUGGUUUUGUUGUGUAUGGAGUAGCGAGCGUAUUUUGCUUUUUCUAUAAGGUCAUGGUGAAUGAAAAGGAUGCAUUUCUCUCCACGGCUAGCCUUUGUCAUUGGUGACGGAGUGACGCAAGACGGACAGGAGGUAGGUAUGAUGAUUGCAGA